AUUCUCUACAAAUCUCUUCACUGUACGUCAAAAUUAUCUCCAAUCCGAUGUCGGAUCGGGUAGAUUUUAGAGACGGUGGGAAGCAAUACUUAGAGAUCUCCUCCCUACGAGCCAAUCAGAGCUACGACGCUGGAGUUGAUGGAGAUAGAUAGGUUUGAAGAUCUAUGUAAAUGACGGAAUGUGAAAUACGGGGAGACGCAACGUUUAUGAUACAGUAAAACGAAAUAUCGUAUCAGUUUACGGUGGAAAUCACCGGAGAUGGAGGGAUCGUGAUCGGCGAAGAGAUGCAGGCAAAAGUCUAUUGGAGAAGAAGAACAACAACAAUAACAAUUUCAUCCACUAAUUUAUUUAUUUAUUUUAUCUAAAUGCCCCUUUAUUAUGGUAAACAUUACAAUAGCGCCCAGAUUUAAUGAUCUUCACUAUGACUUACCAAACCGGACCGGUUAGCUUCCGAUUCGAAUUCUUCUAUUGCGAAACCCAAACCGGGGUAAAUACGUAAUUUGAUAAAACGCUUAAUUUCUCGUCGUGUUCGUUUCCACAGCAAUGGCAGAAACUCAGUGCACAGAAACUACAAAAUCAGAUCUUGAUUCCGGGAAUCCGAGCAAAAGCAUCUCUAGAUCCGAUCAGAUCCGCUCCGUUUCUCUCCUCCUUCAACUCAGUGGAAUGCAUUGCUAGAAUCUAGAGAGAACCAUGAGAAUGUCAUCGGCUUCUGCCGCCGUUUCGCUCGGAAGCAGCGGUCAAAGAGACGCUGAGUCCCUCCUCCGCUCGAAACCGAUGUCGGAGAUCCGGAGCGUGGAGUCGGCGACUAGGAAGAACAUCGAGGACAAGAAGGAGGAGCUCCGGCAACUCGUCGGGACUCGGUACCGAGAUCUAAUCGACUCGGCUGACUCGAUCGUGCACAUGAAGUCGCUCUGCGAGUCGAUCUCGGCGAACAUCAGCUCGAUCCACGGCAACAUUCGAUCGCUCUCCUCCUCGUCGGAAGCGAAAACCCCCGCGCUCGCUAUCACUGACCCGGCCCGAGUCAAUGUGUAUGGGAUCGCGUGUCGGGUCAAGUAUCUGGUGGAUACUCCGGAGAAUAUAUGGGGCUGCCUCGACGAGUCCAUGUUUCUAGAAGCUGCUGGGAGGUACAUGCGUGCUCAGCACGUGCAGCAGAGACUUGUUAAGUUGGAGGAGGUGGAUCAGAGUAAACUGUUGGCUAAUUUUCCGUUGCUUGAGCAUCAGUGGCAGAUAGUGGAGGGCUUCAAGGCUCAGAUUUCUCAGAGGAGCCACGAACGGCUUCUUGAUCCGGGUUUGGGGUUGGGGGAUUACGUGGACGCGUUAACUGCUGUAGCAGUGGUUGACGAGCUUGAUCCGAAGGGAGUGCUUGAGCUGUUUCUCGACUCGAGGAAGACUUGGGUUCUGCAAAAGCUGAAUGCUUGUAGUGGUGAUGAUGCUGGGAGUGUUGUUUCGGUGUUUUGUGAUGUGUUGAGUGUGGUUCAGGUUACUGUGGGACAAGUUGGUGAGCUGUUUUUGCAAGCGUUGACUGAUAUGCCUCUGUUUUAUAAGACGAUUUUGAGUACCCCUCCAGCUUCUCAGCUGUUUGGUGGGAUUCCGAACCCGGAAGAGGAGGUUGCGCUGUGGAAAUUGUUUAGAGAUAAUUUGGAAUCCGUCAUGGUUAUUUUUGAUAAAGUUGAUAUUUCUAAGGCCUGUCUGGCUUGGUUGAGGGACUGCGGUGGAAAGAUUGUUGGUAAGGUUAGCGGGAAGCGUUUGAUUGAAGCUAUUGUUACUGGUGCAGAGCUUGGAUCAGCGGAAAAGUUGAUAAGGGAGACCAUGGAUAGUAAAGAGGUAUUGAGUGGUAGUUUAGAUUGGCUUAAAAGUGUUUUUGGGUCUGAGAUAGAGCUGCCUUGGAAUAGAAUCCGGGAGCUUGUUCUGGACGACGAUUUGAACCUGUGGGAUGAAAUAUUUGAGGAGGCCUUUGUGGAAAGAAUGAAAUGCAUUAUUGACUCUAGAUUUGAGGAAUUGGCUAAAGCUGUCAAUGUGGCAGAGUCGGUUCGUGCUUUUAGCGAGAUCACUGAUGAGAAGAUCAACUUCCAAGCAUACUUAAACAGACCUUCUACAGGUGGUGGUGUCUGGUUCAUCGAGCCUAACGCUAGGAAACCUGGUUUUAUUGCCGGAAACAAAACGUCACCUGAAGAAAGCGACUUCCAAAGUUGUCUAACGGCGUACUUUGGUCCUGAAGUUAGCCAAAUCAGAGAUGCAGUUGAUCACCGCUGCCAGAAUGUUUUAGAAGACCUCCUAAGCUUCUUUGAUUCAGAAAAGGCAGGUCCGAGGUUAAAGGAUCUUGCUCCAUACGUGCAGAAUAAAUGUUAUGACAGUGUCUCAGCAAUUCUCGCAGAUGUGGAUAAGGAACUCGAAUCUCUCUGUGCUGCCAUGAAGAAAGGGAACAACGACAGCGAAGCAAUUCCACCUGCUAUAAUAAUUGAGAAAUCUCUUUUUAUGGGACGCCUCUUGUUUGCAUUGCUGAACCACUCGAAACACGUUCCCUUGAUUCUCGGUUCUCCAAGAUUGUGGUGUAGAGAAACUAUGAAUGCAGUUUCUGAUAAGUUGUCAUCCUUGUUGAGGCAACCAAGAUUUGGCUCGAAUACUCCAGGUGCUGCUGACAGCCCGGGAAAGCAGUUGCAUGCCGAUCUUAGGAAGCAGAGUUCGUUAGCUGUUGCCGCGCUACUUAAGGCAGAUGAGAAGACAAGUCCGAAAUUUGAAGAGCUUAAUAAAACUAUGCGUGAUCUGUGCAUUAAGGCUCAUACAUUGUGGAUACAGUGGUUAUCGGAAGAGCUCUCCGCUAUUUUCUUGCGUGAUCUUACGAUUGACGAUGGACUGUCUGCUACAACUCCUUUAAGGGGGUGGGAAGAG